GGUGCGCCGGCCGAGGUGCAAGCUGUGCUGGCGGGGAGAAGGGAGGCAGGGGCAGCCUGGAGCUCCACACCUGCACGCGGCGCGCACAGACGCUGCAUCAUGCCGCACCUCGCUGCGACGUGGCAAAGAGCAAGCGGCAGCAGCAGCAUCUGCCCCAGCUUCCACCACCACCCGCACCUCAGCUUGCAUCUUUUCUCCUCACUCUUCCUCCAUCCUCAGGCAGACGGUGCAGCACACAUCGUCCGCAUCCGCUCGUCGCCGCCGUCCACCCCACCGGCGCUCUCGCCCUCACUCCUCAGACUCCUCACGCUGCCGGCUCUCUCGCUCCAGCUCGCGGGCGCGCCAUGAAGCGCUUCUUCGCCAAAAAGGAUGCUCUGACUCCGUGGCGAGACGAUGCACAGCAGCAGCAGCAGCCCGAGUACCUCGCUGGCCAGCUGCCGCCGCCCGCCGACAUCCCGCAUGGGCAGCCGCAGGCACACGAGGCGCCCGGCCUGCCGCGCUUCGACAGUGCCGAGCGGCGGCGUCUCGCCACGCAGCACCCGCCUCAUGGCAGCCGCGCCAUGCCGGCAGACUUCGAGACGCCGCUGUAUGGCGCCGCUGCGCCUUACCCUGUGUACGGCGAGGAGCACAGCGAGCCGCCGCAGCACCACUUUCACGCCCUCGCCGCCCGCACGCACGGCCGCGGCGCCUCGCAGGCAUUGCCGCCGGGCGCACCGAUGGGCCCGCCGAUCCCGGUGCGGCGCCGGGCCAGCGGCUCAGAAGGCAGCAGCCUAGGCCGGCGAGAAGGGAUGCGCGAGCGGCGCAAGAUGCAGGAGCAGCAGGCGUAUGCGCCAGAGCAGCAGGCGUAUGCGCCAGAUGCGGCCGAGGCCGCGCCGCCGCCGCAGCCUGGGCUCGGCAGAUGGCGCAGCCUGCGCGACAAUCGCAGCGGCGACGCAGGGGCGCCACCACGGCCGCAGGCGAAUGCGUACCCUUCCUACGGGCCCGACGACGGCGAGCUGGAGAUGUUCGAGGCGCAGGGCGGCGAGCGUCGCUCCAAGAGCAGAGAGCCGCCCGGCGGCGUGGCGAGUCCAGUGCUGGCGGUCGAGAAGCCGCGCUUCAAGCUGUUCGGCAAGAACAAGGGCGUCAAGGAGAAAGCGGAGAAGGGCGAAGCGCCGCCGCAAGGCAGCAGCUAUGCCGCGACGCCAGAUUCGCAUGACAGCACAGACGCGGCCUGGUUCGACAUGCGCGGCAAGGGCCCGCAGAAGGGCGAGGGCGCCAUUGCGAACAAGAUUGGCUGGCUGUGCGGCACGCCGAUGAGCUCGUGGGACUGGGCGUACCUCUUGCAGCUGGCCGACACGAUCUCGCACUCCGAGGCCUCGGCGCGCGAGGCGGCCAAGGCACUCAAGAAGGAGCUCAAGCACGCCGAUGCGGAGCCGCGCAAGCGCGCCAUCAAGGUGUGGGCCGUGCUGACGCUCAACGGCUCGGAUCGCUUCAAGAUGCAGAUCGUCGAGAAGAGCUUCUUGAAGACGAUUGAGGAGAUCCUCGCGAGCACAAAGACGCCGUAUGCCAUCAAGGAGGUGCUCAUGGACACUUACGGCAUGCUCGCGUUUGAGUUCCAAGACGACGACGAUCUGCACGCACUGACCAAGUCCUACAACAAGAUCCGCCCGUCGGACCGCCCGCUCAACGGCACUCCCCUUGACCCGACGCACGAGAUCUUUUCGCCUGUGCCGACCGCGCCCGCAGCGGCUCUGGCAUACACCAGGGCGCAGCGCUCGCGCCGGCCGCACGAUGCGUUUGCAGACGCCAAGGCCAGCGCGCGCAAGGGUGUGCUGCCAGUCGACGAGGACAUGCGGCGCCUGCACGAGGAGUGCGUCGUGGCGCGCUCGAGCGCGCAGAUGCUCUUCGAGACGCUCGCCGAGACGGGCAUGGAGAGCUCGCUGCUGUCGGAGUUUGCAAACAAGACACAGACGCACCUCGAUUUCCUCGCCUCGCAGAUCCCGUGGGCUACCGCUCAGGCCGAUCGCUCGCGCGAGACGCUGCGGGAGGAACGGGCACGCGCCGCGGCCGAGGGCGCGACGCUCACACACGUGCAAGAGACCAAGGAAGAGGUGCUACUGGCCGACUUGCUCGACGCGCACGAGCGCCUCGUCGAGGCGCGCAGCAUGCUUGAGCAGGCACAUGCUAGACAGUUCGAGGAGGAGGACGAGGAGCAGAGGGCGAUCGAGCGCAGCCGCGCUGAGGUCAGAUUCGACCGCUCAACGCUCCAGCAAGAUCCGAGCACGGGAGAGUUCUACUCUCUUGAGGCGCCGCCGCCGAGAGCAAACUGGUCGCAGGAAGCCGGCGGCUCUGGCCGGUCACGGCCCGAGUCACCCUCAUCGUUCGCGCGCGGAGCGCUGCCCACGCCGGCAGGAGGACGGCCACCUCCGGCAGGCGCAGGUGGUGCCAUUCCUGCCUCCUUGCUGGCCGGUGGCCGCGGCCCCAGCCCAGCGAAUUUGCACUCGCGCGAGCUGUCGGUCUCGAGCAAGGCCUCGUCGCAGGGCCUUGCCGCGUCAGCCGCAACCUCCACGGGACCACCAUCCGAAGCGAAUCGGCCGGCCUCGUCACUGAGCCAGGCUGCAGCUGGUGCAGCACCGCAGGCAUCUCCGCUCGGCGGGCGUCCUCUACCGACUCCGGGCAUGCCAGCAGCGAUGAACGGGUCAGGCACGCUGCCUGUUAUGAACCCGCAGCAGCCUCAGCAUUCCCCAUCUGCCUCACUGGCCUCGGCGCUGAGCAAGCCAGUGCCGCCGCUGCUGCACGUUACGUCGUCGGCGACGCCGCAGCCCUUGCCAUCUGCGGGCAAGGACGACGACGGCGACAGCAUCAUCAUGACGCCCGUGCGGCCCUCGGCAAAGGCGCUCGGCAAGCGCCGGCAGGUCUCGAGCAGUGAGGCCGACCCCUCCAUCAAUGGCGCUGCGCUGGCGCGCGCCACGCAGCAGCUCAGCAUGCAGGACGACGCCAACGACAUGACGGCAUCGCUGCCCGACCUGCGCGUGCGUCCGCCGCCGCUGGUGCCGGACGAGCGUGCAGUCACGCGUGGCCCCUCGCCGGUCGCGCCGUCGCCGUGGGACGACGACGCUGCGGCAUUCGACACGACCGCCACGCCUCCGCCGCUGCCGCCGCACCCGGUUGUGAAGCCGCCGCUGCCGCCACGAAACUGAUGACCUGAAUCUCACGCACAACAUACGACGCACCACGCUGCGCCCAGGCAAUGCGAAUGCGUCUAUUAGCGUCUUGUCCUUCUAUGCCCCGACCCAGAGGCGCGCGCUCUCGAACAUGCGCAGCC